CUCUUAGAGUCUGAGUUGAAACUGCAAGCUGAAAAUGUUUUUUUCCCCAGAUGAGGAAGGAGACAUGAUUGCAUUCUCCAGUGAUGAAGAGCUCAUGAUGGCUUUGUCCUUCCUUAAGGAGGGGACCUUUUACAUCUACAUCAAAGAAAAGAAGGAGUGCAGACAUGGCCAGGAGAAAGCUGGGGCAAUUCACCCAAACGUUGUCUGUGAUGCCUGCAAUGGCCCUGUGAUUGGACCUCGCUACAAGUGCACUGUCUGCCCUGACUAUGAUCUGUGUGGUGGCUGCAAGGGGAAAGGAUUCCACAAUGAACAUGAGAUGCUGCUCCUGCAGACUCCUCAAUUCUUCCAUCCAUUCGAGCGGUUUCCCCGAGGGAUGUGGCACCACAAGAGAAAUGGAGGUCUGUGUCACUGGGCCAUGGCACAACAAGAAUCCUUUGCUCAGGCUGCAGCUUGCUCUGGUAGACAGCAGUCAGCAGCUGCAAAGACUACUCCAACUGAACAAGCUACAGGUUCUGGGAGUCAGAAACAGGAUAAGAAUGUGGCCUAUCUGAAGAAUGUGGGACGGAAUGUAGCUGCAAUGCUCAGCCCUUUGGGUAUUGAUGUUGAUAUUGACGUGGAGCACAGGGGCCAACGCUUUAAAGCUACUGAGUGUCCAAUGGAGAGUCAGCCCAGCUCUACAGGUAACAGUGUGCAUUCUGGUCCACCAUCUGCUGACAAGACCAAGACCAGAACAACUCCCAGCUCCAAUCAGGAGCAGAAUGAGACUGUGUUCAUGGAUGUGAACCAGACUGCCACAAAUCAGGGUUCCUUUGAGACGUUCACCCCUAACCAUGUGCAUUCCAAGACACCCAGUGUUGAUAGUAAUAUUGAUGAGGAAUGGACUCAUCUGUCAGACAAAGGGGUCGAUCCAUCAACUGGUGAACUGCAGUCAAUGGAGCAACUUCGUUUGCAGGAUCAUGAGGAAGGGCAGCCCUUAAUCCAGCAACAAAAUUUAACUUCCUGUGACUUGGGACCUACUGGAUUGAGAGAAGCAGCUCUGUACCCUCAUCUUCCACAGGAUGCAGAACCAUGCCUGAUAGAAGCCCUUUCACAAAUGCUGUCCAUGGGAUUUCAUGAUGAGGGAGGAUGGUUGACUCGGCUCUUGCAGACCAAGCAGUGUGACAUUGGAGCAGCGCUGGAUGCUAUGCAACCUGCAAAGGGGCCAGUUUGCCAAUAAAUCACUUUGAAGCAGAAAAAAAAUCAAUCAGCAACAUUUUUCUCUUUACAAUGUUAUUGGAUUGCUGCUUUUCUCAAUGAAUUAUUAUCCCAUUUAAUUGCACCUUCUGUACAAUUCUACUUUUAGAAUGCUUUAUAAGGGCUGAGUAGGUUCUUGGUGGCUGCUAUUUUAUUUCACACCUAUAUUUUCCCAGGAUUGGGAAAGAAUUCCAGCAACUUAGUUUUGGUAGCUCAUUUUUCUGUAAGUUACUUUUAGCCCCCUGUUGGUUUAUAAAAUCCUCCACACAUGAAUUAAACUUGGAGUAUGGGUUCUUCACUGCAUAUUUUUUUAAAUAUACUGUAUUUGUGUUUGAUCAAAGACUGGGUCCAUUUCUCUUUGAACUUGGGGAUGUAUGCAAUAGAAGCAACAUACUUUGACGAAUUGAUGAAAGUUGCUAUGACAGUCUUAGUUACAUCCUAAACUAUCAAUCAAGCAUAGGUACAACAGCUGAAUUUAUUUUUGAAAAACACAAAACAUUGAUACUUGUGAAUGUGUAGUUGGGACCAAAAAAUAUUCUAGUGCUCAUGGAGGAAAGUGAGAAUGGACAGUUAAUUGCUUCAUUAAUAAUUUCAAAAGUACUUCCUAGAAAACUAUGGCCACAGUUUACUGAGUUUCCCCCAUUACACUCAACACAGCAAGUAUGAAGCUGUAAUGUGGUGAAACACAAUUGGCUACAAUAUCAACAAGAUAUGACACUGCAGUCUCAAUAGGGACUGAACACCAGAUGUUAAAAGGGGGUAACCACAAAACAUGGUUCCAUCACAACUGCCAUAAAUUCAACUGCCUGGGCUGUAAGCCUUCUGAUCUCCAUUGGUCAACAAUAAUGUGGGGAAGUAGUUUAAAAUUUCUGGGUGCAGUCAAAGGAAUUAUUAUCAGGCCAAAUACAAUCUUUUGAAGAGAAUUAGCACUAGAUGAAAUUAGAGAUACUGACAUUUUAUCCAAGUAUUGUCAGUGAAAGUAUGUUGACUUAAAUUUGAAUUUUUAAAUACUGAACUUUUAUUUUUCUUGACUUCUCUCUCCUCCCCCACUUGCACCAUGUGAUUUGUGUUGUAUAAGCUCUGUUUGGUUUCAGAAUAUCUCAGCCCCCCAAGUAGAAAGCACUUUAAAAUGUUAUAACUGAGCAUUAGAAAUUUAAUCUGUACUUUGUUAUUCUCUGCAAUAAAAACUGCAUUUUAAAAUGCA